CCCCGCCUCCGGCGAGGGUCACCUGACCCGCUCAGUGCGCCGGCGCGAGACCGGGAGGCGGACGUGAAAGGGAGAAUGGCGAUGAAGGUUCAUGUGGAAUAUUGUGGUGGAUGAGGAUAUGGCAACCGCUAUAAGGAACUCUCCAGUAACAUCAAGGAGAAGUUUCCUGAUGCGGAGGUCUCUGGAGACGUUGGGAGGAAAGGCAGCUUUGAGAUUGAAAUCAAUGGGAAGCUGAUCUUUUCCAAGCUAGAGACCAGUGGCUUUCCUUACAUUGAUGAUGUCCUCAAUGCAGUCCAGAAAGCCAGCGAUGGAGAAGAAGUACAGAAAAUUGUCAAGAGUCAGGCUCCUUGUGUCAUCCUGUAGCUCAACCUAAAUGAUGCUUCCUGUCUAUCUGCUACUAAUCUGUCAUAUUUUCAGAACUUAAACUUGCCUUGAAGUCUGUUCUAGUUUAGAUCCUGAAGAUGUAAAAACAGUGGAGGCCCAGGGGAGUGUGAAUGUUGGGCUUAUUAUUGUCAGACUCCAGAAUUGCCGGUGGAUCAUUUAUUUUUCGAAGCUGUCGUGACCGGUUUAGAUUUCUCCGCUAGCUCAUUCUGUAUUGUGUAUAAUCUGUCAGUGCUGCUUGUCUGAGCUUAUCAGACAAGUGCAUUUUUAAAAUAAUUCUCCCAUCCAAACUAGCGCGUGCGCACUCUCUCACUCUCUCUCGCACUCUCGCACUCUCGCACUCUCGCACUCUCGCACUCUCGCACUCUCGCACUCUCGCACUCUCGCACUCUCGCACUCUCUCACUCUCGCACUCUCUCACUCUCUCACUCUCUCACUCUCACACUCUCACACUCUCACACUCUCUCACUCUCUCACUCUCUCACUCUCUCACUCUCUCACUCACACACUCACACACUCACUCACACUCAGCUCCUUGAGCAGAUGCUUCAGGCAUUCAAUUAAUCCUAGGAUUAUGCCAGGGUUGCUCUUAAAUACAGUAAUAUAUUGCCUUGUCCACUCCGUCAUGUAGCUGAAAUCAGGGCCGAAAUCUAGCUGAAAGUAACCAGAUUCUGUUGUGCUGUUACUGAGAAUCUGAAAGGCUGGUUGGUUUGCACUGAUCACUGUCUUUCAGUCAGACAGCACCCACAGAGCAGGAGAAUAUGUUGAGUGCUGUCCAACUGACUUCUCUGACAGUUGAUGUAAAAUAAAACAAUGAUCGGGAAUUCUGUCAACUGACACUUCCACUAACCCCCUCCCAAACUGCUCACCAAACAGGAAGAUGUGGUAAUCUGUGGCAACUCUCCCAGUGUGAUGAGAAGGUCAGAUUAACGCACCAUCUCAAAUGCCUUUGGUCUCAAUGCUGCUGCUCUGAUGUUCUGGUUGACCUGUUAAAACAGGAGACACUACAUUCGACCAUGCUGAGAGAGGCAGGUUCCUCUCCUUCCCUUCUAUCAGUGAGGAGUCCUAGUUGCAUAAUUGAUGUCAGUCUGUGCAUGGUGGCUGAGCAGUGUAAUACUAUCCUCUUGUUUGGGAGGGUACUGUGUCUUUGCUUUCUUUGCGGCCGUGGACAUCAUUGGGAUUUUCUGAAAAAUUUGCUGAACAAUUGAAAUUGUUGACUUGCUGCAGCUUUAGAAUUUGGAUCUAUGAAUGACUAUUUUAACUAAAAUUAAUGGUUAAAUUAUGAAAAGAAACAGAUGCCAAUUUCUAAUGGCAGAGCAGGUUUACAACUUGAGUAAUUGUAUUUUAAAAUGUAAGAAUUAUGCUUUUCGAACUUUGAUGUAUUUCAAAUAUAAUUGAAAUAUCUACAUGCUAACAGAA